AUGGCUCCUUCAGAUGAUCAAAUCGAUGUCCCUGGGACUGUUUAUCUGGUUGACACUUCGCAUGCCUUGACCGAUGCCUCCCAUGCUAGAAAACAGGACAUCGUGCUCCUUCCGCCCCCCUCCCAAUCACUCGCAGACCCUCUGAAUUGGUCCCUCACAAAGAAGUACUGGUCACUAUUCCUAAUAUCGAUGUACGCAUGCGUCUUUUCGUUCGGCGAAAACAACUGGGGGGCUAGCUGGACUUUGAUCUCUGAAGAAACCGGCGUUACUCUGACCAACAUGAACGGAGGUUCUGCCGUCAACUAUCUCCUGCUUGGUUUCUUCAACAUCAUUUGGAUCCCGUCGGUGAUGAAGUUCGGCCGGAAGAUUGUUUACAUUCUGAGUUUGCUUCUUCUAACUGGUGGUUCCGUGUGGGGUAAGUACUACACGGGAACUGCGCAGUACUACAUCAUGCUUUCAAUUCAAGGUAUCGGUACUGCGGCAUACCAGGCCUUGAUCCAGCUUACUAUCUUUGAUAUGUUCUUCACGCAUGAACGUGGUCGUAUGGUUGCAUUUUACAUCUUUUUCCAGCAGCUUGGCUCUAUUCUAGGGCUCAUUCUGGGUGGAUAUAUAUCCGACGGUAUCGGCUGGCGUUGGAGCUCACCGAUUGUGGCAAUGGCCUGCGGUGUCUUGAUCCUGCUGUUCAUCUUUACCUUCGACGACUCCAUGUUCCCCAGAUAUCGCUUCAAUAGCCUCCUUUCUGGAAAUCAUAGCCAAGACAAGAGCGACCCCGAGAAAGGACCGACAGUCUCCGAUACCACCAAUGUUAGUCUUGGCGAAGACAUCCCUCCCCGAACCUACCUCCAAAAAGUUGCCUUAGUCCAUCGUUUUGACGAUGACAAGACAACAUGGUUCCAAUACUUCCGGCGCCCUUUCUACCUCUUCGCAUUCCCAAACAUCGUCCUCGCCGGUAUCCAAUUUGCCUUUGGCUGCACGGCAGGCAUCGUGUCUUUUAACACCAUCUCGGAAAUCAUGACCGAGGCACCUUACAAUUGGAGUGCUGGCUCCACGGGUCUGAUAUUCCUUUCCGCCCUUAUUGGCAACUUCCUCGGUAUGGGAGUUGGAUCCUUGUCUGACUGGGUGGUACUUGUCCUCGCGCGCCGGAACAAGGGAUAUAAGGAGCCAGAGAUGCGUGUGUGGACAUAUAUUUUCCCGUUGAUAUUCGGCGCGGUCGGGUAUUUCACAUAUGGAUGGGCUGCUACGAAUGGGUCUCAUUGGAUGGCUAUCGCGGUGGCUUUGUGCUGUCUGAUCGCCCAGCAGGUGUCUAUUACCAGUAUGGCGACAGCAUAUGCAAUGGAGUGCUUUGAUGGGAUAUCUGGCGAACUUGUCGUCGUCCUCGCUAUCUGCUCGUCUACCAUCAACUUCGCCAUUUCAUAUUCCGUACAGCCAUUCAUCGAAGCUGCAGGGUUUGGCUGGAGCUUUACGUUCUAUGGGAUUCUGGCAGUCCUUUCUGUCUUCAUGGGUAUUCCUAUGAUCAUUUGGGGAAAGUCAUGGCGCCGGAAAUGCAAGCCUCGGUAUAUGAAGUUUUUGGCGGAGACUGGACGUGUCGGGCAGGCCCCUUAA